UCAUUCACUUUCAUCAGAGCUAAGAAGGUCACAAAUCUCCAUCUCUCUAUAUACUUUUUUUUUUGAAUCUUUAAGGGGAAAAAAUGUCAGAGAAAAUGAUAGCUUACGGUGGUUCCAAUGGACAAAAUUUUGAUGAUGGUGUUUACGAGGGUACUUACGACGGUGUGCGUAAAUUGAUAGUUGGAGAAGACUCUCAUGGUAUCAUUUACCUCAAGAUCCAGUACGUGAAAAACGGAGAUGUAGUGCUUAAAGAACACGGAAGAGCAAGAGGAACACAUAUUACAGAGACCGAGUUUGAAGUGAAGUGCCCAGACGAAUACAUUACGUCUAUUUGGGGAACAUACAGAAACGAUGAUCACAGAUACAAAUCUACCGGCGGGAGUACAUCAGGACAGCCCGAUCAUGUUGGCUAUAAACCGUUGGAUCGUCUUUGCCACAAAGAAACUCAGCUCACUCCUGCAGAAAAAUACGGCCUAUAUCUUGCUGCAAACAUGGGAAGUCCAAUGUAUACGAUUACAGUGUCAGAGCUUCAAUUCAAAACAUCGCACGGGAGAACCUCUGCGGAGUUUGGUAUGCCAGGACCUCGUAGCAGAGAUUUUGUUUUGGAGGGAGAAAAUGGAACGAAGCUUCUUGGGCUCCAUGGUCGUUCUGGUGACUUUCUCGACGCCAUAGGAGCUUACUUUUACGUUGUUUCUUCAGCUUUUAAGCAGUUGGAACCUCAAGGUGGAUCCAACGGGGUCUCUUGGGAUGAUGGGGCUUAUGAUGGUCUGAGUAAAUUGUGUGUUGGGGAAGAUGGUCAUUGUGUAAGCUCCGUUGAGUUCCACUAUGUUAAGGGAAACGACCGGAUAACUCAUUGUCACGGAAAGGAUUCGAAAGAACGUAAAGAGUUUGUGCUUAAGGAUCAAGAUGGUGAGUAUGUUAAAUCCGUGGAGGGAACUAUCGACACAGAUGGUUUCAUCUCGUCUUUAACCUUCAAAACAUCAAUGAAUAGAAGCUCUGAGAAAUUUGGGACACCGGUUGGUACAAAAUUCGAACUUGAGGCAAAAGGGUUUGAUAAGAUUGUGGGGUUCCGAGGAAGGUCGUCCGUAAAUCGUAUCAAUGCACUCGGAGCAAAUUUUGCGGUGGUGGUAGUUCCUCCGGUCAAGAAACUAAAUGCAAAAGGUGGUGUCCUUGGGAAGGAGUGGGAUGAUGGAAUUCAUGACGAUGUUCGAAUGAUAACAGUAAGAUACGACGAAAAAUCUGUGAAAUCGGUCAAGUUUGAGUACAUAAAUGGACCUGUAAUCGGAGACGCUCACGGAGACAUCCAUGAAGAUGAUAAGAAACUAGAGUUCAAUCUCUAUUUUAACAAUGAAUACAUCACAUCCGUUGAAGGACACUAUGGUAAGAGGUUCGCACCUAAUACAUCCGCAUCUGCCAUUGCCAUAUCUUCACUUUUUCCCGCUUAUAUGACGAUGCUUAAGUUCAGUACAAACCGUACAACAUAUAAAGUGUUAAGUCACAGUCCAGAAUACACUUACGAGGGAACAUCAUUCAAGCUUGAGGAGAAAGAUCACAAGAUUGUUGGGUUUUAUGGGAAGACUGAAGUUUCUCUCAACCAAAUUGGGGUUUAUGUCAAGCCAAUCGCUAACGCUUAAGCUUUUAAUUCUUUGCUUUGGUAAAAUAAGUGAGAGAGAAAAAGCUAUAUAUGCUUAUAAUCUCCUUAAUUAUGGUCUUAUGUUGUCGUCAUGGUUGUUAUUACUACACGGUUUCUAGUAUAGUAGUAUCCUCAUUAACACUGUCUUAUGGUUCUUAUGUUUGAAUAAAGUAGUACUCUGUUU